UUUGUUCAAAGAACAAUAAUGAGGCACAUACCUCUAGUAUUUACCUAUAGUAAUAAAUAUUAUAGUAAUAGAAUUGUCAAACUUUAUAAUGUACUUAUUUUAGGCAGUUGUCCUGUCAAAAAGGAUCCAUCUGGGCAAGAAUUUAAAUCAGAUGACAGUCAGGAUGGCCUAUCCAAGCUCUCUGUACGUGCCCAGCUUGGCGCUGCAUCACAGAAAUUGCUGAAGAAAGGAAAAAGUAUUCCCGAUGAAUUACUAAUUGACAUCCUAUUGGAAGCUAUUAACCAAACACCACCAGAGAAGGGGUGGAUUGUGGAUGGGUUUCCAAUGACAAUUAAUCAGGCAAAACUAUUUGAAAAAGCCUAUACAGGGAUUGAUCCAGAAGCAAAAGAUGCAAAUUCUGGAAAGCUCUCACUUGUUAUGGAUCCCAGGACCCCUAACAAGCCUCCUGUUACCUCACCUGCAUUUGAUGUUUCUGUAUUAUUGGAUAUUUCAAACACUGUGGUACUGAAACGUGUGGCUAACUUGAAGUCCGAUAAAUCAAAGUCAUCUCAAACUGAACAGGGGAACAACAAACAAAAUUCAGAUGCUGAAAUCCUAGAAGAGAAGAUUGACUUAGUCAGGGACCAGGUGCUACAUAGAAUUACAGGUUUUCUAGACACAUGGCCAAAAUUAGAGAAAUGGUUUUCAGUCCAUCAAAAUAUUCUAGUGAAAGUCAAUGCAGAGACAGAAGAAAGUCUCAUGUGUGAAACAGUGAAGGACAUUAUAAUGGAAGAAAUUGCCAAAAAACAUAAUACAAGGUCUGCUCAAGAAAUGUCACCAGGAAAAAAGGUUUUACCAGUUACACAACAAGAUCUGCUUCCUCCCAUUCCUGUGGCACCGCCACCAAUUGAACCAGGAUCAGAUGAAUGGAUUUAUGUAGAUGAACAUCUUCCCAAGGAGAUACCUGGUUUUUUAGUACCUUACUGGGAAAUGGUAGAAAACGCAUAUAUGAAUACCAUCAAAACUAUACUUCGAUGUCUAAGGGAUGAACAGCACUCUGUGAUUCAUUACUUAGCAGACAUUAGAAAAAGAUUCCAAGAUUAUUUGAAGUGUCCAGAUCUUAAGCAGGAGUUUGUAUCUCAGUGGCAAUCAGAUUUUAAUUCAAUUGCUGAUGACCUGCGAGAAGAUGAGGAAAUAAAAGCAGAACUACACCAAAGAGUUACUGACCUCAGAGAUCUUCUCUGGGAUAUCUGUGAUAACAGAAGGGAAGAAGCAGAGCAGGAACGUACUGAUAUCAUGAAUGAUGGCUGGUUACCAGAUCAUAGGGGGAUUGCAAUGAACCAUUUCUUUUCACUUAUGCAGGUUGAAGUGGAUCGUUUCCAAGAUACAAAGAGACUUCUUCAUGACUAUUAUAGGGCAAUGGAAGGAAAAAUCCCAACAGAUGAUGGUCAAGAUUUUACUAGAAUCCCAUUGUUAGAUAUUAUUGAUGUAGAGCAGAAAGAAGAUCAAAGGAAAUCAAGGAGAAUUCCUCUAGUUUCUUGGAAACUGCCUUCACCAGAAAUAAAUAUUAUGAAGUCAAAAAGCAAGGGAACUCUGCAGAAGAGUGCUAAGGAUGAGAAUUUUGAAAAUGGAGUGGCUUCUUUUCGGAAAGAUGAAAAUCUUAUUACUGAUACAUGGCAAACAGCAGUAACAGCGGUAUCGAACAUGGUAACAGCUGAAAUACAGUCUAAAGAAAUGGAGGAAGAAAAAGAACGUCAGCAGCUAGAACUGAAAGAAGAUCUGAAAUCUUCACAGACACUGGCAGGCAAAACUGCCAGGAAAGAUACCAAAGAUGCCAAAAAUCUUUCUCCCAAAUCAUCUACUAAAAAGAAAGGACCACCUUCUACCGCAUCUGUGGUUGAAGUCAGUCCAGUUCCUAUAACCCCAGAAGAAUUAAAGAGACAAGAACUGACACUUAAAAUAAAGCAAGAAUAUUUCAGUGCUUUGAAACAUGAGGAGGUAGCCACAAAAUCUCGACUAGAACUUAUAAAAGAAAAAGCUUUAGAAUUUGUUGAAGAGCUAACAGUAAAAGCAGAAGAGACUUACAAAGAUAUGGAAAAGUGGCUUGGAUCCAGGUUCUUGGCAGAAAUGUCCAGCAUUGAAAAGCUGAUUGAGGUUGCACGACAUCAUAUUGAGAGUUCUAGCAAAAUCCAGUAUGAAAUUACUUUAGAAGAAACAGAUUUCUUUAUCAGCAGUGAUGUAAAAGUGAUUCCUGACCCUGUUCCUUCACCACAUGUUCCACACAUAGAAACCUCUGGAAGUGGUACUCUCACUAUUUCACAACUUCAUACACUUCAUAAGCAGUUUCUACAAGUGGCACCUAAAG